AACAGCUCAGAUGCACUCAAAUUUGUCAUUUAUAUCAUCUCCAAGAAAAAGCCUUUUGUUUUGUAACCGUCCCCAAUACCAAAAUCCCCCCAAAACUAACAACGCGUAUACUCUUUCAAUUAAUGCAUCAUUUCAAGCAGUAACCGUAGCUCCCUCCCUCCCUUCAUCGAUCUUUCAAAGUUUUCAAUUAUAAGCAAAGCCCCAACCAAGGGAAACAGUGCAUUAUUAAACAAAACAUCAUGGCUUUUCUUCAGCUUCUCGUUCAACUAUACAUUUCCUUCAUUUUAUUGCAAUCCAAGCACUGUCUAUCUUCAAACCAACCACCAAUAGUAUUAGCUCUAAGAACCCAAAAGCACCGUACUCCUAUCUCUACGCCAAGACUCUUCUCCACCACCUCAAAAACCACGGACAAGCUGUUAUUUCACCACAACGUUACCCUCACCGUCUCUCUCAAAGCUGGUACACCCCUGCAAGACAUUACAAUGGUCCUGGACACAGGGAGUGAGCUUUCUUGGCUCCAUUGCAAAAAGGAACCAAACUUGAACUCAAUUUUUAAUCCUCUUGCCUCCAAAACAUACACAAAAAUUCCCUGCUCUUCACCAACCUGCGAGACCCGAACCCGUGACCUACCCCUACCCGUUUCCUGCGACCCGGCCAAGCUCUGCCACUUCAUCAUCUCCUACGCGGAUGCCUCCUCCGUUGAAGGAAACCUAGCAUCUGAAACUUUCCGGGUCGGAUCGGUGACAGGACCUGCGACCGUUUUCGGGUGCAUGGAUUCGGGUUUUAGCUCCAAUUCAGAGGAAGAUGCGAAGACAACCGGGUUAAUGGGCAUGAACCGCGGUUCAUUAUCAUUCGUGAACCAGAUGGGGUUUCGAAAAUUCUCGUAUUGCAUAUCGGAUCGCGACUCGUCCGGUGUUUUGCUUCUCGGGGAAGCCAGUUUCUCGUGGCUUAAACCAUUAAAUUACACUCCUUUGGUUGAAAUGUCGACCCCGUUACCCUAUUUUGAUCGGGUCGCUUACUCGGUUCAGCUCGAGGGAAUAAAGGUAAGUGACAAAGUUUUGUCUUUGCCCAAAUCGGUGUUUGAGCCGGACCAUACCGGUGCUGGUCAAACUAUGGUGGACUCGGGUACCCAGUUCACGUUUUUGUUGGGUCCGGUUUACAGUGCUCUAAAACAGGAAUUUUUGUUGCAAACUAAAGGGGUUUUAAGAGUUUUAAAUGAACCUCAUUACGUGUUUCAAGGAGCAAUGGAUCUGUGUUAUUUGAUUGAACCGACUCGGGCUGCUUUGCCAAAUCUGCCAGUUGUUAACUUAAUGUUUAGAGGAGCCGAGAUGAGUGUAUCGGGUGAAAGGUUGCUGUAUCGGGUUCCGGGUGAAGUUAGAGGGAAAGAUUCAGUGUGGUGCUUUACUUUUGGAAACUCUGACUCGUUGGGAAUUGAGUCCUUCGUGAUUGGUCAUCAUCAACAACAAAAUGUUUGGAUGGAGUAUGAUCUUGAAAAAUCUAGGAUUGGAUUUGCUGAGGUUAGGUGCGAUCUUGCUGGUCAACGGCUUGGCUUGGAUGUCUAAAAUUUAGACAGAAGUAACGGAGCUACUCUAGCACCCAGUAAGCUCACACGUGGGGGCUAAUCAGGUCUACAUUUUCAGCUGCUAAGGAACAUCGUUAUCAGCCUUCGAUGACUGGGGGCACCCUAUUUUACAGACUGUACAGGGUUUAGAUGGUUUUUUGGUAGCAAUGAAAAGUUGGUAUUAUCGGAUCGAUCCAUGAGUUAUUGUCCAAUCCAUGGAUCACCUCGAUGCUCCAGAGGUGGCCCAUUGAUCGGACAGUGUCGGAAAGUGAAGGAAAUUUUGGAUGUCGGAGCAUCAAAUGUUGAAACUUGCGUGAUAUUAUUCAACUUACUUCCAUCGCUUUUAUAUUUGUGAUUCUGGAAUCUCUGAAUUUGGUGAGGCUGGCUGGGGCCAGGUGAUAAAGUAGGGUUUAAUAUUUGAGGACAGUUGGUUUACGGAUGCCAUGCCCGACACCUUUUACUAUGUGUACCAAAACUUGCCAACUUGGCUGUUCCUGAGACUCGUUUCUUUGGGGCUACAGCAGAGAUGAGGUGAAAUUUCAUCACCAAUCGAUGUCUGUCUCUCUCGUGUUUAGGUACUCUCCUGUCUUUUCAUGCAAACGCACUGCUUGUAAUCGUAGAUGCUUUGGUGGUGGUUCCUGCUUCUUGGUUUCGAGAUUUUCUGUGCCAGUCUGGCAAUUUUAACUGCCUUAUGGAAUCCACUUUCGUAUGUCUAGCAUUCAACACUGUACGGUUUGACCAAAGAAACAUUUCCUUCAAAAACAAUUCGCACCUAAACUUUUUU